AUGGAUCGAACUUAUCAGCCCGAGUUUAAUGAAUUUGAGGGUGUUGAUUUCUCGCAACAUAACCGACCAAUGCAUCAGCAAAUGAAUUUUCAAAACAGACAAUCACCGACUCAAAACCGAUAUGCUAGAUAUGAUGUAGGUGAAGUGGAUGGGUAUUAUGACCAGUUUGGAUGUGAUGGGUAUAAUGAUUUUGCGCCUCCACCUCAACAGUUUAUUCAAAGAGGUCAGAAUAGAGUCAGUUUGGGUGAGCAAAGGUUUAAUAAUGCUCAACAGAAUAGUUAUGGAAGAUCUAGUGUUCCAGCUGAAGGUCCGAAUGAUGAGAUAAUGGAAAUGUUGAAACAAAUGAAGAAGGAUCUAGAGUUACGAGCUAAGGCAUAUCAAGCAUUAGACAAGCAAGUUGCUCAGUUGGUGAUUGAGGUGAAGGAAGUGGCAGACUCAAGAGAUCAAGAUAACUAUGAAAGCAACUGGCAGACUCAAGAGAAUGAGCAAGCGGGUCAACAUGAGUCGGAUGAUAACUCCAUCAAUGAAAAGUUUGACACCAUCAUGGAGUUUUUGAAAGAUAUUCAGAAAAGCAAUGAGGUCAGAGAUAGGGAGGUCAAGGCGUUGUCACAGCAGGGUGUUGAGGGUGUGGCAGAUGAGAUAAAUGGGUCUGAGUGUAAGAAUGAACAUGAUCAGGAAAUUAAAAGUUUUACAAAAUCUAUAAAUGGUUCAAAUGGCAAGCUUUCUGAAAUUGAGAGCCCUGAUCAUGUUGAGUGUUUAGAAGAAUUAAGUAACAAUAAACGACGUCACAAAUUUCCUAAACAACUUAAUCUAUCUGCUAGUGUGAACGCUGUUUUGAUGGGUACCUCUCCCCCGAAAACUCAAGAUCCAGGAACACCUGUUAUUUCAAUACAAAUUGGUGAUGUUAAAUUAGACAUGGCUUUGUUAGAUCUUGGGUCUUGUGUGAGUAUUUUACCAGGGAGUUUAUAUGAUCAGUAUGAUUUUGGGUCACUACAAAAAGUUAAAACCACAGUGGUGUUGGCUGAUCAAACUCCUAUAGGUCUUAGGGGGAUUAUAAAGAAUGUGAUUGUAAAAGUUGGUGAAUUCUAUUAUCCCUUGGAUUUCCUAGUGCUCGAUUAUGCUAAGAAUGCACAACCAACUAUUAUUCUAGGCAGACCGUUCUUAGCUACAACAAAGGCUAUUAUCAAUUGUGCUGAGGGAACGGUCAGAAUGAGGUUUGGGGAUACGAAAAUGAGUUUAAAGUUGUUUUCUAAUUCACCUAAUCACAAAACUGAUAAAUGUGGAUCUCCUGAAAAGGAGAAUCAAACAGAGAAGAAAGAAUGUUUUAUGACUGACAGGGUACUUGAAGAUAAAGCAAAGAAGAAGUCAAAGAAAAGGAAAAGGAAAAAUGCUAAGGAAGUUCUUGAGUUCGAUUGUUACAGAGAAGCCUGUAAAUGGUAUGAUCAGGUAUGGGAAGAAACAGAUGGUGAGAAUAGAACAAACUCAGGAGCUGAAGGAAGGAAGCAUCCUACGAGACCACCAUAA